GGAGUUUGGCGCCGACGAGUUCGAGAUGGUGAUGCACAAGCUCCUGCAACUCCGGCAGACAGGCACCGUCGCCGAGUACCGUGCUGCCUUCGACGAGCAGAUGUACCACUUGCUCGCACUCGAUCCGUCCAUCAACACCAAGUUCUUCGUCACGCAAUUCCUCCUCGGCCUGAAGGACGAACUGCGUGCCCCGGUGCGGCUCCAGGCGCCGUCAAGCAUCACGCGCGCCUCGGUGCUCGCGCGCAUACAGGAGGAAGAACUGGGCACGUACCGUGCACGCCCCCGCAUCACACCCGCUGGCCGACCACCACCGACAGCUGCCGCGGCCGCGCCACAGCUGCGCGACUUCCGCCGAGCGAACAACCUCUGUUUCAAGUGUGGGGAUCGGUACUCCAGAGAGCAUCGCUGCGCCCAGCCCGCGCAGUUGCUCACCAUCAACGUGGGCGACCACGGCGAGGUGCUAUCCGACGACACCAUCCACGCCUUGCAACUGCUCGACGAUCCGGGGCCAGCGGCGCAAUCUCCUGCUCCGGCCGCGGACGCGCCAGAGUGCUGCCUCCUCUCAUCCCAGGCGCUCGACGGCACAGACUCCACAACGACGAUCCGGUUGCGCGCCCUCGUCGGGAACCAGGUCAUGCUCCUGUUGCUCGACUCGGGCAGCACCCACAGUUUCGUCAACAAGGCCUUCGUCGAUCGCCUCGGCCUCGCCACGGAAGAAAUGCCGCCAACGGAGGUGCGGGUGGCCAACGGCGACAAGCUCACGUGCACGCGCAGGGUGCCCGGCCUCAAGUGGUGGAUGCAGGGUCACACCUUCAACACGCCCAUGCGCGAACUGGAGAUCGGCGCGUACGAUGGCAUUCUGGGCAUGGACUGGCUCGCCCAGAACAGUCCGAUGACAUGCCACUGGCAGGACAAGUGGGUGAAAUUCCAGCACGACGGCGCAGAAGUUACCCUGCGCGGCGUGUCCACCAAGCCGGCCACCUCCAUCAAGGCCGUAGGACCCGAAGAGCUGCGCAAGAUGGUGGCCGGAAACGACGUUUAGGCCAUGGCCAUGGUGGACACAUGCAACGGCGCGCCGCGACCGGCUCGCAAGUGUGCAAGCCAAACCCCGCUCGCCGACCUACUCGAGGAGUUCGCCGACGUGUUCGCGGCACCGAAAGGGCUCCCUCCGCACCGACAGUACGACCACGCUGUCACGC